AUGCCUUACAUCGUCGCCGUUACUCCUAACAUUCCUCCCGCCGACAAGGACGACUUCCUCGGACACUGGCCCGCGAUCAAGGGCGACAUCGCCAAGCAGCCUGGUGUUCUUGGUGUUUCCGGCGGCGAGGUAAUUGGAGAGAACUUUGGACCGGUGUCUGAGUUUAAGUUCUUCCAGACCAUGGCAUUCGCGUCGGCAGAAGACGAAAAGGCCUUCGCCGACUCUGCGUGGGCCAAGGAGCAUUUCCAGAAAGCCGCAGCGAAGAUGGGCGCACCUCCGUUGAUCAGGAAAUUCCAAACCAGCGAAUUCCCAGCGGACAAGCCCAAGGCCUUGACCCAGUUCACGUUUCUCGAGUUGUCGGAUGGUAGCCAGCAUGAAGGAGCGAAGCAGGCGUGGAUGGAUCUUGUUGCUGCGAUCGGCGGCAAUUCAAUGGGUGGUGCAAGCGCUGACGACGGUCCGACGACCGGCCUUGGUGUUCUUGGGUGGGACAGCAGAGAUCAAGCUAUUGAGGUAUACAAGAAGCCUGAGGUAUCGGCUGCCUGGGACAAGUACAAGACUUUCGGAAAGGUUAUCACCAUUCUGGUGAAGCUUGAGGCAUAG